AUGAGAAUGCGGUUCUCCACUGCCAUGAUAACUUUCUUCCUCGCUGCCGCGACCGGUGUUGCUGCCAAGCACCACAUCCAGCUCUACUGCACUACUGCCUCUGGCAGCGGACAAUUCAUUUUCCUGUUUCCCGUAAGCUCUCCCUCUUGCCCAAAUCGAAAGUCUCAAGCGAGGAAACCAAUAGUGAAUUACAACGAUGACGUGACCAACAAGGUCUGCCCCAUCUUCUUCUCCGACUGA